AUGCCCGAACGUAUGCCGUGUGCCGUGCGCGCCGACGAGGCGAAAGAGGCGAAAGAGGCGAACGAGGCAACCGAGCCAACCGGGGCAACCGGAGCGACCGGAGCGACCGGAGCGACCGGAGCCACCGGAGCCACCGGGGCAACCGAGACGGCCGACGCGAAUGUUAUAAUACACAGGAGAGUUUUACAGUCAUUUCAUCUGCAUGACAAUUAUAUAAUAUCCAACGGAAAAUCUCAAACCUUACAAGACAACGCCACGUCUGCUCAUGUCGACCACCUGAAUCCACUGAAGGAAUCCGAGGUGCUUGGAAUCGGCGAACGUUAUCGCAGACUCAUUCCUUACAUGACUUUUUACCUCACCAACGACUAUCUGGUGCCGGAAACCCAAGUCCAAAGACUUAAUUCCCACGAUGAACCUCAACAGCUGGAAUUGCAGCAGCAGCAGCAGCAGCAGCAGCCGCAACAGCAACAGCGGCCUGAUAGACUACGACAGGAACCCAAACAAGGCGAGAAGUAUGUGGCGAGUUCCCAAGUUGAACCUCGCCAACUGCAGUAUCGAUACAAGAUUCUGAGACCAAAUAGUGGAUACGCUUUUACACCCUCAGUGCCAUACACAAAAACUUCAGGGAGGUUCAUCCCCAUUCAAGUGCAAAGACCAAGCAACUACUACGUGCGUAAACCAUACAAAACUAUACAAACGACAUAUAGUCCACAAACAAAUAAAGGAUACAGCAGCACAAAAUUCAGCUCUCAAUACGUUCCGCACCAACAACCACAAGCUCAACCUCAUCCCCAACCCCAAUAUGGAGAUCGACAAGUACCUUUAAGAAAUGAUCACAGAUUCUCACAGUCUUUACGACCACCUGCAGUUCACCGACAUCAAUCCAGUAAAAUCCAAUCCCAAAACGCCCCUCUUCUGAUUUACUACGGAAACGAUUAUGAUGAUAAAUAUGUGAACUAUGUACCCCAGCAACACUACAAGUUAGAAAAUGUAAUUUCUGAUGACCACGAAGAGUACAGGCAACCACAAGGGUUCGAGAAGGUCAAGCAGUACCAGACUCCGACUCCGGGAGAAGUCUCACAACUAAAACAUAUCGAAUUUACUGGCGGCUUUCAGCCUAUCACUGUGACAACAGAUCAACCCAUGGGAGUUCCACAAGGUUUUUCGAUAAGACCGAAAUAUAAGCAUGUGUAUCAGAAACCUCCUGUAGUAGACCAUUACGAUAGAGAAGAGGAAGAGAAACAAGUGACGCAUAAAUAUUACGAUGAAGACAUUAAACCAAAUCCUCAACAUAAAUACGAAACUGUUACAGAAACACAGUAUGAUAGGCCUCAAACUCAACAAGAAUAUAAAGCCAAACAAGAACAAGAUAAAUUACAAGACUCUAGAAAUUCUUUAUCGAUAAUAUUGAAAAAACUGCAAGAAAGUAAUACCUUGCCCCAUACGCUGACCACUGAUAAUAUCGAUAAUUCCAUAAAAACACUUGUGCAAAUAUUAAACAACUUAAAACAAACUCACAAAAACGUUGAAGUUUUGUCACAAGUUCCAGUUAAUAAUUAUGAAGUACAACCGAUCAGAACUUCCAUAGAAAAUGUGCAAGAUGAAAAAGUUGAAGAAGAAGAAGUAGAAGAAGAAGAGGAAGAAGAUUUGGAGUCUCCCCACUCAAUUAAAUAUUCAGGACCUUCCACGGGUAGACCUGGCAUCGACUACCCAACACUGUCCGAAAUUCCAGUAACCAAUUUUAAUUGCAGAGAACAACGAUACAAAGGAUUUUUUGGUGAUCCAGACACUAAUUGUCAAGUUUGGCAUUAUUGCGAUUUGAAUGGUGGUCAAGCAUCUUUCCUGUGCCCAAAUGGAACCAUAUUCAGUCAGGUUGCCCUGACGUGUGAUUGGUGGUUCAAUGUAAAAUGUUCUACAACUGCGCAAUUGUAUGUUCUUAAUGAAAGAUUGUACAAAUACAUCCUACCAUUUACUCCAAAAUUUCCGGAAGACUACAGCGGACCAUUAGUUGACAAAUAUCUGGCGAUUAAAUUCCGUGAAAUGGAGGACAAAAUGAAGAAAAGGAAAAAACUCGAGAAUCCAGUUGUCGAAAGUGAAAAAGCCGAAGUUAUCGAGAUCAAACCGAAUGGAGAACCUCUACGAAAUAAAUAA